UUUUUAAAUUCUCCCUAAAUUCAUUUCAUCAUUAACAUGAGUGAGUUGGAUAAUUCAGGUAAAUAAUUAUUAUUCAACAUUAAGGAUUUUUUUUUAUAUAAUCUCAUUUCAUGGGUAAAUUUUGACUAUUUUUUUUUCUAAAAAGUUGAACAACGCGUUUCAGAUGAGAGAGGCCGUCGUUCUCGUAGUCGUUCAAGAUCUCGUUCUCCUAGACGUGAUCACAGUGGUCACAGAUAUAGAAGCCGUUCCCGUUCCUUAGAACAAAUGCAAGAUGAUGAUGUCAAUCCUGGAGACAAUCUCUUCAUCACUGGUCUUUCUAUUAGAACGGCCAAUGCUGAUUUAGAAGACAUCUUUUCUAAAUACGGAAAGGUUAUUAAAGCUGAAAUUAUGGUUGACCCUCAUACUCGUGAAUCUCGUGGCUUUGGUUUUAUUCGUAUGGCUACUGCUGAAGAUGCUGAUAGAGCUUUAAAUGGUGUUACUGGUACUGAGAUUGACGGCCGUAUGGUUACAGUUGAAAAGGCAAAGAGAUCCAGACCUAGAACACCUACCCCUGGUCGUUAUUAUGGUCCACCCAAGAGAGGACAGAUCAUAGACCUCCUCGUGGUGAACCUAGAUAUGAUCGUUAUUAUGACAGACAUUAUAUGGAUCGUUAUGAUCCUCCCAGAUAUGAUCGUUACGAAAGAGACCGUUAUGAUCGCUAUGAUCGCUAUGAUAGGUACGACCGCUACGACCAUCGCUAUGAUCGUUAUGACCGUCGUCCCCCACCACCAAGAUAUGAUCCUUACCCUCCUCGUACCAGAUCACCUUAUUAAAGAAAAAGGAGAAAAAUAAGUUUGCACUUUUGAUAAAAUUACACUCAUUUUCAAUUCAACAAAUUAAAAAAAAAAAUCACUAUAUAAUAUAUUAUAUUCUAUAAAACUAUAUACUCAGUCUCAUUCAGUAUGUCUGUGUCUGUAUCAGUUCUUAACAUUAUAAAUGUCAUCAAUAACAUCAGAGAAUCUCACUCAUAUAAGAACAUCUAACACAUUAUAUUGAAAUGUUUAUUUUACAAGCCGUACAUGUAUCAAACAAGGAGAAAAAAAUUUUUUUUUUCCCCUACUCGAACAUGAUUGUUUUUCC